UUGGCCGGAGAAAGGAGUUUGAGUAGACAGGCAAUGUUCUCCAUUGGCUUACUACAUACAACUGACAGAACGUGACGUACACAAAAUGCUCGACCAAUAGAAAUGCACGAGGAUUAUAUCGAUAUAAAGCCAUGGGGUACCAACCGUCUGAGAGUGAGUGCUUCAUGUACUUUGAUGCAUUCAGGUGACGGCAGUGUACUCUGCAGGUGGGGCGUUCAAAAACAAAGCUGCGUCCAUUAAGCGAAAAACACUGGAAAGCGCAUCCUCCAUUAGUGAAAAGACCUCACGUCAAUUCUGAACUAUGGAGCGCUCAAAACAGUGUCACGAUAAUGAAGCGGACAGUAAACCGACUACGAACGAAAGUUCUAUUAAUGGACACUUGGUAAAAAAAGACAACCAGAUCUUGGUAGGCCUAGCUCAAGGGACGGGGACGGCCGGUGAGUCGAGUUCGCACACAGGGUCCUCGGUGGUAGAGGGCUGGAAGCAUGAGCGCACCCGAAGUAUGGAAGACAACGAGAUCAACUUGCCUUGUCUUGCGGCUGCCUACACCACUAUUCUCCGGGGGCUCGGGGAGGACCCGCAAAGACAGGGACUUCUAAAAACUCCGUGGAGAGCCGCGACUGCCAUGCAGUUCUUCACCAAGGGCUACCAGGAGAAAAUCAUAGACGUGCUGAAUGACGCAAUCUUUGACGAGGACCACGACGAGAUGGUGAUCGUAAAGGACAUUGACAUGUUCUCCAUGUGCGAGCACCACCUGGUGCCCAUCUUUGGAAGGGUCCAUAUAGGCUACCUCCCCAAUAAGAGGGUGCUGGGUCUCAGCAAGCUGGCCAGGAUUGUUGAAAUCUACAGCCGUCGACUGCAAGUUCAAGAGCGGUUGACCAAACAAAUUGCUGUGGCGAUCACUGAAGCUCUGCAGCCUGCCGGGGUGGGCGUCGUCAUUGAGGCAACUCACAUGUGCAUGGUGAUGAGGGGGGUGCAGAAGAUGAACAGCAAGACUGUGACCAGCACCAUGCUGGGGGUGUUCCGGGAGGACCCCAAGACACGGGACGAGUUCCUCACCCUCAUCAGGAGCUGAGAGGGACUACCAGCCGACAAACCUGCUGCACAGCCCAACUCGGAUCCACUCUCCCUGUCGCCUGGUUGGAGCAGCAGCCGGCACACAGCAAUUUCUGUACAAAGCCUAGAGUCCGGGCUUGGUGGGUGUG